AUUCAAAUUGAAUCUCUUAUGUUUGGAGGUAAUAAAGUACAGUAUAUGUAAACUUUGGACAGAUCACACACAAAUACAUAACUAAUCACGCGAUUAAGUAAGCUCUCCGGACAGAGCCAGAUCUACUCCUACCGUGAUUUUAUGGAUGAUUCUAAACCCGUGCGACUAAAAUCAGCGUCAGGAACGCUCGAUUCAUCAGUCGUGGCCGAGGGAAACAUGUCGGGAGAUGUGUUGUCACUGGAUAUUUUGAGGGACCCACCCCCUGGGCCCCUGGAUGAAUAUAGAAAGCGAGCAUCGUUUGACUGGAAGAAAAUGAAGAUGUUUUACUACGAGGAAGACAUACUUCGAUUUCAGAACAAAAUAUGGACAACAUUAGAAAAGGAUCCUAUAUUUUCCAAGCCCAUGGAAACUCCUUCAUUAAAGGAUUACAGAGAAGCCACAUUUUUCCGGUGCAAACGACUGUUUGAGUACAAUCUCAUAAAUGAUGAAGAGAUUUUCAAUAAUCCCCUGAAACACAAAAUGUUUACGGAUUGUGUUGGAAUGUACGAUUGGUCGUUGUCGGCUAAAUAUGUGUUAAAUGUGGAGAUGACUGGGGGGACUAUCACAGCUUCAGGGUCUCCAAGACACAGUGAGAUUGUAGACAAAAUAAAAUCCUCAGAGUAUUUUGGCUGUUUUGCUCUUACAGAGCUAAGUCAUGGCAGCAACACAAAGGCCAUGAGAACCACAGCACAUUAUAUACCAGAAACUCAGGAGUUUGAACUGAACACACCGGACUUUGAAGCCACUAAGAUUUGGUCGGGAAACAUGGGUAAAAUCGCUACACACUCCAUCGUGUAUGCCCAGCUUUAUACCCCAGAUGGGGCGUGUCAGGGCCUCCACUCCUUCAUUGUCCCAAUCCGUGACCCCAAAACCCUUCAUGCUAUCCCUGGCGUCAUGGUGGGAGACAUGGGAGAGAAAAUAGGACUGAACGGACUGGACAAUGGAUUCUUGUCCUUCAACAAAUAUCACAUUCCAAGGGAAUUCCUGCUGAACAAAACUGGGGAUGUAACACCGCAAGGGAAAUAUGUCACUCCAUACAAGGACCCUAGCAAAAGAUUCGGGGCCUCUUUAGGGGCCUUAUCUGGGGGACGAGUUGGGAUCACUGGUAUGUGUGUGUGUAACCUAAAGCUCUGUAUGCCUAUUGCCAUCCGGUACUCUGCUGUUAGACGUCAGUUUGGCCCCACAGAGACAGAGGAAAUUCCAGUUUUAGAGUAUCAACUUCAGCAGUGGCGCCUGAUCCCUUAUCUAGCAGCUACCUACGUGUUGGAACACUUUUCUGACACUUUCUUCAUGGACUACGCAUCGGUCAGGAUCAGCAUCAUGGUGGGAGAUAAAUCGGAGAGAGCGGCAGAGCUUGGGAAGGAGAUCCACGCUCUGUCCUGUGCCAGUAAACCCCUGGCGGGCUGGAUUGCCAGGGAUGCGAUUCAGGAAUGCCGCGAAGCCUGUGGUGGCCAUGGUUAUUUUGGAGUUAACAGGCUUGGUGUCCUGAGAGAUGACCAUGACCCUAACUGUACGUAUGAAGGCGACAACAACGUCAUUCUGCAGCAGACUAGUAACUACCUGUUGUCUCUGUUAGACAAAAUCUCCAACGGAGAGGAAAUAAGCUCCCCACUGGAGAGUGUGAACUUCCUUAACAACAUGAAGAGCAUCCUUAAUUCUCGGUUUAAUCCCACUUCUGUUGCUCAGUGCAUGGACCCCGAAGUGUCUGUGAAUGCUUUCCGAUGGCUGGUUUGUCGACUUUUGAUUGACAGCGCACAAAGACUACAGUCUCAGUCCGAAAAAGGCAGCGAUGGAUUCACGGCCAGGAACAACAGUCAGGCAUAUUAUUGCAGGUCGCUAGCCAUGGCCUAUAUAGAGUUGACUGUCCUUGACCGGUUCGUGACCUUGUUGAAAGAGGGUAAGGAUGGAGAACCUGUCCCUGCUGACCUGCUUCCAGUGUUGGCCCGUAUAGCUGCUUUGUUUGGACUAUGGAGGCUUGAGAAACACUUGACAACUCUGUAUCAAGGGGGCUACAUCUCUGGAAGCGACCCUCCCAAGAUAAUCCAGGAAGCCAUUUUACAGCUCUGUUCAGAACUUAAGGAUGACUCCGUGGCACUUGCAGAUGCCAUUGCUCCGACAGAUUUCAUUCUGAACUCCCCAAUUGGAAAAUCUGAUGGACAGAUUUACAAGAAUUUGUACAGUGCAAUGAUACAGGGACCAAACGCUUUAGAACGACCCUCGUACUGGAAAGAGUUUGCGGAUAAACCGGUCAUCGGAAGCAAGUCCAAAUUAUAAAGAACUGGAUAGGCUGCAUCUGUGAAUUAGGAAUCAACACUGUUUUGAAUGAAUCAUUUUAUUUGUAAUAAAUGUACUAUACAAUUGAUUUGUAAAUGACUUUGUACAAAUGAUUAGAGUGUAAACAUAGGCACAGCAAUGGAAGUACAUAUACAUUAUAUAUACUAGUAUACAUAUCAGUGUUAAACAUGUGUGAAGUUUUAUAGACUACAAAACAAAAUGUAAAAUACAAUCAAAGUACUGAAUAUUGGGUAAUUUUGGCUUCGAGGAAUAUUUUCUCAAAUAAGUACACUGUAGAUGGAAAUAUUUGGUGCUUUGAUUUUUUUCAUGGGCUAUCUUUUAUAUGAUUAGAUAUCUGUGACACUUUUAUUUCUGAAGAAUUUUUCCGAAAGUAAUACCAAAUUUAUCCAAUUUUCAGCUGAUAUAUAAGAAAUUUAUCUGACUUUUGGAUGAUAUAUAACAAAUUGAAAAUGUACAUAUAAAAAGUGAAACAAUCAUUGAAUUGCGUAAGUUUCUACAUGUUUUUUUUUUUAAAAAUCAUACAAUUUAUAUAGGUUAACAUGAUUAUUAAUAUGAUAUAGUACAAAAAUGUCUGUGUGAAAUUGAUACUCUUAAAGAUCAUUUUGAACUUACAUGGAGUCAGGAUUUAGUUGGAAUAAAGUAUACUCUGAUUAGACAAGAACUUAGAUUGACUUUGUUGCUGAAAAAUAUUUGUAAGAUGAUUCUUUAUUUUAAUGCACUGUUUUGUUAUAUGCAUUUUGAUUGCCUAAUUCACAGUUUUGUUAUAUGCAUUUUGAUUGGCUAAUGCACUGAUGUUUGAGGCUAUUAAAUGAGCAUCAACAAGA